AUGAGUUCUGGUUUUUCAUAUCCACAACCAACGUUCCAAUCAUCGAUCUAUAACCCAGCGUUCUAUUUGACAUUGGACGCCAGUGGUUAUCUAACCUUUGAUUACGCGCAAACUCUGUAUUUGAGUAAGGAUGAUUACAGGAUGAGCUACCUAAGCGGAGUAGUGCCAGGAACGGCAUCGAUAGGAUCUGCCCUUGUUCUGGGUGCUUCAGGUAAUAUCUCCGGCAUUUCAUCGCUA